AUGCGGGGUGAUCAGCGCACCGACAUGAGCCUCAUGACCUUCGGAGGCAAGACAAACGCCGUGUUGGAGCUGGGCAAGCGCUUGAUCCAGCCCGAAGAGGAGUGGAAGGACAAGUGCGCGGCCUUCACGGAGCUGCGUGCGCUACUUUCGGACGCUUCUCUGCUGCAGAGCAAGCUCACGGAUGCACCAGAGACUGCAGCAGUCGAAGACUGUACUAGUAUCUUUACCAUCGAAAACGUGCAGGCGCUAACGCAGCCUUUCCGCGUGACAUUGACGGAUCUGCGCUCCACGGUCGUCAAGGAAGCGUGCGCCACGUUAUCACAUUUGGCACAGGCACUGGGGCCCUUGAGAUGCAAGAUCCUCGUGCGCGACGUGUUCCCCACGCUACUGGACGCAAGAGGAGGCUCGAACAAGGUGAAUACUGCCGCUAUUCACAGCUGUAUUGAGGCCAUUAUGCAGUCUACACCAAGUCGAUUCGUGCUUGCGCCGGUGCUGCAAGUGCUGAAUACAAGCAGGAAAUACAUCGCAAUCUGGCCUGAUGAAGCUGACAGCUGUGACAAGAAGAUGACCCCUCCAAGCUCAGGCAGCAAAGUGCCGUCAACACUGGAACGAUUGCAUCGGAACGAUGUUCCAACGCCGGCAAGUGGUAUCCCUUUACCAAGCCUAAUUCCCUCGACACCGACGUCUGCAUUGAAGAAACCUCGAGAAGGCAGAAUGCCGUCAAAAAUCCCCACCCCGCCGCGUACCACAGAUCUGUUAGAGAAAGAAACACCAACACUGGAAGGAAAAUUAUCUCAGCUGCAAGAGGAAAAAGCAUGUCUUGCCAAGCAAAUAACAGCCCAGGCUCACGAACUCCACCAACUUCGUGGUCGAAUUCAGAAGAUGAAUGAAGAAAAACAGCUAAGCGAAUCACGGCACAAAGUGGCCAUGGCAGCGACGAUGAAAGCUCACGCACAAGACUCAGCUACACAACAGGACAUUCAGUAUAAGCUUGCCGAACAACUUGGCGCUCAAGAAGAGGAGCUAGAGGAAUUACGAAGUCAGCAUAGUCAAUCAUCAUCUCCCACUCAAACUACUCCCCAAACACCCGACCAUGUGGCCCACCUGGAGAAUGAACUAUCAUUGCUGUCAGAGCAGCUAGAAGUGGCAACCUCAAAGUUGGAGACGUCGAGCGCUGAGGCCGGUGGCGAGAUGAAUGCCCUUCGGAGCCAGAAGUGUGCUCUGGAAGAGCGUUUGUCGGCUCAGAGUAUGCAACUGGAGGAGUUGCAGGCGAAACAGAGUGCUACAGUGGCCGCGUUGGAGGAGGAAAAGCGUAUGCUGGCUGACGAGGUGUCUUCUCUAAAGAACAUUGAGAUGGAGGUGAUGGCGCGAUGCAAUGAGAAGGACGACCGCGUGGCCCAGCUGGAGAGUGAACUGUCAUUGCUGUCAGAGCAGCUAGAAGUGGCAACCUCAAAGUUGGAGACGUCGAGCGCUGAGGCCGGUGGCGAGAUGAAUGCCCUUCGGAGCGAGAAGUGUGCUCUGGAAGAGCGUUUGUCGGCUCAAAGUAUGCAACUGGAGGAGUUGCAGGCGAAACAGAGUGCUACAGUGGCCGCGUUGGAGGAGGAAAAGCGUAUGCUGGCUGACGAGGUGUCUUCUCUAAAGAACAUUGAGACGGAGGUGAUGGCGCGAUGCAAUGAGAAGGACGACCGCGUGGCCCAGCUGGAGAGUGAACUGUCAUUGCUGUCAGAGCAGCUAGAAGUGGCAACCUCAAAGUUGGAGACGUCGAGCGCUGAGGCCGGUGGCGAGAUGAAUGCCCUUCGGAGCGAGAAGUGUGCUCUGGAAGAGCGUUUGUCGGCUCAAAGUAUGCAACUGGAGGAGUUGCAGGCGAAACAGAGUGCUACAGUGGCCGCGUUGGAGGAGGAAAAGCGUAUGCUGGCUGACGAGGUGUCUUCUCUAAAGAACAUUGAGACGGAGGUGAUGGCGCGAUGCAAUGAGAAGGACGACCGCGUGGCCCAGCUGGAGAGUGAACUGUCAUUGCUGUCAGAGCAGCUAGAAGUGGCAACCUCAAAGUUGGAGACGUCGAGCGCUGAGGCCGGUGGCGAGAUGAAUGCCCUUCGGAGCCAGAAGUGUGCUCUGGAAGAGCGUUUGUCGGCUCAGAGUAUGCAACUGGAGGAGUUGCAGGCGAAACAGAGUGCUACAGUGGCCGCGUUGGAGGAGGAAAAGCGUAUGCUGGCUGACGAGGUGUCUUCUCUAAAGAACAUUGAGACGGAGGUGAUGGCGCGAUGCAAUGAGAAGGACGACCGCGUGGCCCAGCUGGAGAGUGAACGUACAUUGGGUGUCGGAGCAGUUAGAGGUGGCAACUCCAAAUUUGGAGAACUUCGAGGCUUGAGAGAGCGGUGGGCGAGAUAA